GCCCAAGAAAGCCUUCUUGUUUGGAAUCUGUUUGCACAUCUGACCAGGCCAGCCUCCACCCCACCCCUAUACUGGCCUCAGCAACAGGGCCUGAAGCCCCUUGGGCUCUCCCAGGGUGGGCCAGGUACAGUUGUGGGAUCAGCAGGUUCUUGCAGACAAGACUAAGCCGAAACUCCCUCCUCUCUGCCUUCCAACACACAGACCUCUCCAUCCUAAACAAACAGAAACCUGUGCCUACUCCUCUGAGAGCUGUGUCCUCGGUUGUAAAAUGCAGGUAACAAUCUGGUGCGUGUGUGGGAGACUGCCUACCCCAGGGUAGGGCCCACAGGCCUUCCCAGCCUUCCCUCCCAGCUUGGCGGGCAGCCUUUGGCCCCUCCUACCCCAUGUCUGCUUUCCACAGGGGCACUAGAGGGACUGGUCUGAUUUGAGGCUCUGUGCAAAGCGAGCCCAGCCUCUUCCUCCAGGCUGGCCUCUGGCCCCUUCCUGUGGCUGGCUUGAACCUCAGGAACUUGGGAUCCACAGCCCCCUUCAGGAAAUGCAGAGCUUCUGCUGGGCAGAGUGACUUCCAGGCCGCCUUUCCUGCGCCUUUCCACCCUGAGGACCACACAGGCUGUGACCGGGGGCCCUUUCUGGAGGGGACAUUCGGUUUUUGUGGCAGGGACUUCCAAACUGAGGCCAAAGGAGGAGGCUCCAACUUCACCUUUGGCCCCCCUUUCAUCCCCUUUUUUGGGUCUUCCUUAACUGCAACGGGGCGGGACCCUCCUCCGUAGUCCCUGGGGCGGAACUGGCCCCGUUGCUCCACCUGUCCCCACCUCCACCCCCGGGCGGUCCCGGCCCACGCUGGAAGGUCCUUGAGCCCGGGCCGCCCGUGGGACCGAUGGAGACCCAUGGAGCCGCGGACGAUGGCAGGACAGACGGGGGCAGACCCCGGGUUGGCCGAGCCCAGGGCCCUGUGUGCACAACAGGCCCACCGCACCUACGCUCGCCGCUGGGUGUUCCUGCUCGUAGUCAGCCUGGUCAGCUGCUCCAACGCCAUGCUGUGGCUCAGCUUUGCACCUGUGGCUGACAUCGUUGCCGAGCACUUCGUCCUGUCCGUGGCGCAGGUCAACUGGCUGUCACUGGUCUACCUCGUGGUAUCCACCCUGUUUGGCCUGGUGGCCAUCUGGGUCCUGGACUCCGUCGGGCUCCGUGGGGCGACCAUCCUGGGCGCGUGGCUGAACUUUGCCGGGAGUGUGCUACGCGUCGUGCCCUGCGUGGUUGUUGGGACCCAAAACCCAUUUGCCUUCCUCAUGGGUGGCCAGAGCCUCUGUGCCCUUGCCCAGAGCCUGGUCAUCUUCUCUCCAGCCAAGGUGGCUGCCUUGUGGUUCCCAGAGCACCAGCGAGCCACGGCCAACAUGCUCACCACCAUAUCGAACUCCCUGGGCGUCCUUGUGGCCAACAUGCUGUCCCCUGCGCUGGUCAAGAAGGGCGAGGACAUUCUGUUAAUGCUCGGUGUCUAUGCCAUCCCUGCUGGCGUUGUCUGCCUGCUGUCCACCAUCUGCCUCCGGGAGAGCGUGCCCCCCACCCCGCCCUCUGCCGGGGCUGCCAGCUCCACCUCAGAGAAGUUCCUGGAUGGGCUCAAGCUGCUGGUGCGGAAUAAGGCCUAUGUCAUCCUGGCUGUGUGCUUCGGGGGAUGCAUCGGGAUCUCCUACAGCUUCUCAACCCUCCUGCAGCAGAUCCUCUGUGCAAGCGGCUACUCCAAUGGGUUUUCUGGCCUCUGUGGAGCUCUCUUCAUCGCGUUUGGGAUCCUGGGGGCGCUGGCUCUCGGCCCCUACGUGGACCGGACCAAGCACUUCACUGAGGCCACCAAGAUCGGCCUGUGCCUGGUCUCUCUGGCCUGCAUGGCCUUUGCUCUGGUGUCCCUGCUGCAGGGACAGGCCCUUGCCCUGGCCACCACCUGCUCGCUCCUCGGGCUCUUUGGCUUCUCGGUGACCCCCGUGGCCAUGGAGUUGGCAGUCGAGUGUUCCUUCCCCGUGGGGGAGGGGGCUGCCGUAGGCCUGAUCUUUGUGCUGGGGCAGGUCGAGGGAAUAUUCAUCAUGCUGGCGAUGAUGGCACUGACUGUGCAAUGCUCGGAGCGGUCCUUCUCCACCUGCCAGCAGGGGGAGGAUCCACUUGACUGGACAGCGUCUGUGCUGCUGAUGGCCGGCCUGUGCAACCUCUUCAGCUGCAUCCUGGUACUCUUCUUCCACACCUCAUACCGGCGCCUGCAGGCAGAGUCUGGCAAGUCCUCCUCCACCCAGAACGCGGCGGCCGUGGGCGGCGCAGACUCAAGGCGGGGUGUGGACCGAGGGGGAGCGGGAAGGGCUGGGGUCCUGGGGCCCAGCAGGGCGACUCCGGAGUGAAGGCGGGGGGCCUCGCUAGAGGACCCCAGAGAGCCCCAGAGCCCCCACCCUAUCUGCUGCCGAGCGACCCCUCGCGCACAGGGCCCAGCAGCCACGGACGCGCCCUCCCGCCCCGGCGGACUCGCAGGCAGCGUCCUAGCGUCCAGGUUUAUUGACCAGGCCGGGCCUCACUCCUCCUUUUCCUCCCCGUGGGUGAUCACGUAGCUCAGCGCCUUGUAGUCCAGGUUGCCCGCGGCAUCGAUGGAGGCGAACUGGAACAUCUGGUCCACCUGCGGGCGGGGGCGAAAGGGCCCCCUGAGGGCUCCGGGAGCGAAAUACAAACGCGCACCUGCAGCGGU